CUUUUAAAUUGUACUCUAAUGUCUUCGUUUUGGGAUACUCAAUGAAGUAGAAAUACUUUUGCAUUUUUUAAUACGGACAGCCCGUAUAAAAAGCUUCCUAAAAAACAGUAUGAGGACAAAUUAUUGAUGCUUUGAAGUCUUAAGUCUAUGUAUCGAAUUCGCUUUUUUAUGAUCCGCCGCCUUUAUUCUAUCCCACUGAAAACACAUGUGGAGUUUCAUUUCCCUGUUCAAGAAACCGGGGUGAUAUGGGGCAACUUUAUGUGGGACAUACUGAAUUUAAGCAGUUUUGCUCUCCCCUUCCUUUGAUUUAUACACCUCUAUUACAUUGACACAAUAUACAACUUCUACACUAGUUAUAUUGGGCUGAGCAACAAAAGAACACAUCAAUGGAGAAGUCAUUUGCAAACAUACUACGACAUUCACGUUUAGCCACUUAUGAUCGUACAUUAGAACAAGUCUACAAAUCGCCUAAAACUUACCGUAAAAUUGGUGAAUGGGGCUUGAAACGUAAUCUGCCCACUGUCAUUCAAACCAAAAAUCUUAUUGUUAAUGCUCUCGAUACUGCUGAACAUCAAACCCCUUGGAAGUCAGGCAACAGUAAAGUCCUGUUCGUAAAACGCUGGAAAGAAAACUUCCCCAACUCUCGUAAACCUCGACCACGAUCAGAAGAAGAUCCCAAAAUCAACGUCGCUCACAUGACAGCUGCUCAAUUCCAACGACUACUGAAAUCAAUAGAAAAAUCAAAAGCUCCAAAAUUCCAGGAACAGCUAGCGAAAAAGGAAGUUACAUCCGACCAAGUAUUUGAUUAUAUCAAUGUUACUUUCAAUAUGAAUGAUUCAACUUCUUCGUCGUCGUCAGCGAUAAACUCAACGACAGCAACCACAGCAAGCACGGGAUCAGAUCCUGUCAGUACGGGUGAUGGUGUGGUUGGCCCUACUUACUCUCAUUAUGAAGUAGAUAUGGAUUACCCCGUUGAAGGACGCCUGUUGAAUAUGAUGAAUGACAAAUAUGCUGUUGGUAUUGGCGGUAUUGUAGCCUACAUGGAUAAACGCAGUCUUAUGAAUUAUAACAACAGUGAUAGAUCAGUGCGUCAAUUCUUUAUACGUAAUGCAGAAAUUGAUGAUAGUGGAAGACCUAACGUAGAAGUAGCAUUAGAUACCAGAGAGCGCACAGCCUGGAGUAGUAGCAUUUUCAGUGAAGAGCUUGGUUCGAAUUGGAAUUACAUGAAUAACAAGUUUAGCAGUAACAAUGAAAGAAGCAAUAACAGUUUUGCUGGCAAUAAUAAUAUCAAAACACCCUCUGUAAAAACAGAUGAUAACAUCAUAAAGAACAGAGACCACGAUCAAGUAAUGGAGCGUAUCUCUUUGCUUUUGGCGAAUAAAAAAUAACAUUCAUAUUUUGAGGCUAGAUAUCUAAAUCUUUGUAAGAUAAAAAAAAAAAUAAACAUACGUGUAUAAUAAUAAUAAAGCGUAAGAUUACUAUGACAGU